CGUAAUCUAAAAUCAAUGAUGGCUGCCAGCGUUACGUAUCUUUUAUUUCUUUCAAGCUGCCUUUAUUUUAUUGUUAUAACCUCGUCAAAUGGGGUUUUUGAUAAGGUUCUAGGCGACGUUAAAUCUUGUGCUGAAAUCUGCAAAAAUACAUUCCCGUCACACACGUUUGAACAAGGUGGUAACUUUGAAUCUUGUCACCGAGGAUGUAGAUUUUAUUCAAUAAUGGAAUUUGUCCACGACCCAACUGAUGUAAAUGGAACAGAAAAGGACUGUAUUAAUUGCUGCAAAGAAGCAUACAGCAAAGAAGGUGAGGCAAGUGCCUGCAAUUUGGGAUGUAAGAGUGAAGCACCAUUUGCUGAACAGAGGGCCAAACAGAUGAAAGAUGCAGAUCCCAGCAUGCAUCUGCUGUACCCACUGAUGUACGUUCACAAUCUGUACAGCAACAUGAUAGAUAAGGCGUACAAGCACAUGUCAGUGCGCUGGUCAUUCUACAUGGCUGCGGGGGACGGAAAGCUAGUGGUGAUCAAGUCACAGCCACAGGUCUUCACUGAAUUUAUGGACGAGCAAGACGUCGAUGAUUACAAAGGACCUGGCCUGGAUGACAAGACAUCCAACUACUGGGAAACGAACAUCGAACCUCUCGAUAACGCUGCAACACCGAUGCUUAAGAAUUCCCAGAUGAGAUCAGCACGCAGCUUUGAGAAUGGGGCCGAUUUUUCUGUCAUGGAAGAGUCUGGUACUGGGGCUGACUGGUUAUCAUGCAUUGCAAAGAAGACCGGCGUCCCUAGACUGUUCCUGUGUGUGCUGAUAUUAUUCUGCGCCAUCACCAUGAUCUGGUUGUGUUUAACUGCUGCCGUCACUGCUCCCGAUCAGCGGAUUCAUACACAGAAGCUCAGCAUUAAUGGAGAUUUGGAAUAUUUGCGACAGAUGGCAUUUGACGGUAAAGGUAUUCAAAUUCUCCGUCUCCAGGACCGCGUGGAGUCCAGUCCAUUGCCUAUCAAGAUACGUGUAGAGAAAAUCUAAACAAACUCACAGUACAAAUCAUGUUCUUGAUUCUAUGUGAUGUGUAGAAUCUCUUUUGGUUACAAUCACUGGUUUAUUUUAUUUUAGCUUUCUCCAUUGAAUGUAUGACUGAUGUUGGGAUUUUUAAAUACUUGGUUUAAUUUAUUUUGUUUCUUGUCUGCGAAGUCAGUUAGUUUUUGCACAGGCAGUAUGAUAAUUUGAAGUGUAUCACCUAGAAAGCUUCUAGAAUUCAGUGUUUUUUUCUAUAUUUAAGUAAUUAGUUUUUAUGAAAUUCUACAAUAUUUUAAUUGCGUUUAUAGAAAUAGAAUAAAUAUCUGAAUGAAAAACGUUUUUCUGCAACUGCUGUUAAUGCAUUUUAGGUAAUAUAUUUUGUAUACAUAUAAUUUAAAUAUGUUAAUAUAUUUUUCUUAUAAAUGAUUGCAUUGGUCUUAUUGAUAUUACAAGACUUGAAAAAAUCGAAUUAAAAACUAUAAAUAAAAGCCAGUUAGUUUGUUUAUUUUGACAUUUUUUAUUGAAAGAAAUACCGAAACCUCUAGACUGGUAACUCUUGUCAAAUAUAUUACGUUAUACAUGAUAAGUAAAUGUAUCCUUUUGGAAUAAUAGGAAUUGAACUUGUUAACUCUUUAUGCUCUUUAAAGAUUGAAGUGUAGAGCCACUUUAUGAUACAUUAGUAUGAACAACUUUAUACUAAUGGACUAGUGUGUAAAACAUUUCUGCAUUUCAUAUUUUCAGGAACAUAAAUUAUCAAGUUCAGUUCUUGAAUACUGUUUUCAAAAGCUAGAUAAAUUUUGUCAAUUAUGUGCUAGAAUUUAUUGUGGUGGUUGCCGAGAGGCAUAUAUAUAUAUAUAUAUAUAUAUAUAUAUAUAUAUAUAUUCCCACUAUACACAAAAUGUACUUUUUUUUAUUUAAACCGAGGAAAAUAAAAUAAGUUGACCCGCUAUAAAAUAAUAAUUAGUGUCUCUCUCAACCACCCCUCAAUGUGAUCAUUUCUGGUCCAGUCAGCUAGUAUAGAAAGAAGUUUGUAUGUAUUUGCUGAAGUAGGCUAUUAUUGUGCAAUUCAAAGUAAUACUAAUGGAGGUUUUUGCCUAAUGGGUGAGAUUACAAUUUCCCAGAUACCAAUACAUUAAAAUGUGAUUCUUAUAGUCGGAGCACAUGCACAGUAGUAUGAAGUACGGUAUUUGUAAUUUAUGGUUGCUUUGGACUUGUUGAACAAGAUUGCAAUGUUUGAUUAAAAUACCAUAGCUUGUUUCAGUUAUGAUCAUGUAAUUUCAAGUGGCACAAAGCAUGAUGUAUGAGAUUUGAAGUUUACCGAUAUACAUAAAACAUGAUUGUAUGCGUCAGUCUGUGAAUACUGUUUGAUAAGUUUUUCCAUUUCUUAAAAUAAGUAUCGGAUACCUAAUGCCUUCAGUCAGUUGCAGUACUGUAAUUUAUAAACCACUGUAAAUAUGGUAAUGUAAAGUUACUUUUCCUUUACAUUGUUAUAAACUGUGAACCAUUGGUACACAAGUUGUCAACCACUGAAGUGUUUAGCAUACUUAUAGAAAAUUAACAUUGAUAGCUGAAGAGGAGUGGACGCAAAAUAAUAUGUUACAGUUUGUUUCCAUAAACUUAUCAAUGACUUGAUUAUUACAGAUUGUACAGUCUUGUCUGUGUGAACUGGGUUGUUAGUGCUUUUCAGCUUUUAGAAAUAUUGGUGUGUGGUCAUAAUUUGAUAUGGGGAGUUGUAUUACAGUUUCCAUGGUAAUGAAAGUUGCAUGUUUUGCAGCUACCAUAGAGAAGUGUGUUGAUAGAUCUGUUGUUAACUAUUUAUAAUUGUUAUUAAAUAUAAAUAUUUGUGUCACUUUAUGCACUUUUUAUUUCAUAAAGUGUAGUAUAUAUGUGUUUAAAAAGUAUUAGUUAUAAAUAAAUGUAUUAACCUGUGUAUAACCACACAGAUUUUAGCAUGAUUACAUUUUCCUUAAAUCAGUAGUUUUGUACUAAAUAAAUGUAAUUCUAGAGAUACUGAUUAUCACUCGAGAGCUACCAGUCAGUAUAACUGCAAAAUAUUACUAAUGUAGUAACUAAAUGAUAAUUCAGUACGAACAAUUUUAUAUUGAUAAAAUUAGUGUCACACUUUGAGGGGCAGCCAUUACUUUUAAAAAUUGAAAUCGGAUAUGUAAUAGUGAAAUUGCAAUCUUGUUCUCAAGAAUAUAACUGUACAUUUAGUGCAAUUCAUUUUAGGUUGUAGUGUGGCAUACUGUAUUGUUCUCAGUUUUAUAUUUCUUGUUGUGAUGUGUACCUCACUACAUGCUGGUUACACAACUUGCUGUUAUUUUAUAUGUGUAGUAUUGAAAACAACUGGGGACAAUCACAUUGGGCAUGAAAUAAUUCUUUGUUGUUAAUAUAUAUAUAUAUAUAUGUGUGUAUUUAUAAUGUUUCUACACAAAGCAUUGUAAAUAUUUUCAUCACAGGCAAAGCAGAUGUUCUGUUUGUGGAAGAAUGCGAUAUUAAUAUGACAUGGGGGGAAAACCACUUGUCCAUGUAAGCCACCAAUGUGCUAGUCAUAUUAAAUGACUUUACAAUUACAAGUCCGAUUUAAAAUACCACUCAGGGUGUCUGUCAUACAAAAAUAAUGUUAAUGCCUUUAUGUGCACAAAGUUCUCAUUAAUGAUACUUUUUUCUCGACAGGUUACAGGCAUAGCCUAGGUGACUGUAUUUUAAAAUGGGCUGGGAUAGUGCCUUUAAUAGAGUCUGAGACUUUAAAAGUUAAGACAAUACCAUACAAAAUGCAUGUGUGUGAGGUCAUUAGAGAUUUUUGUCUAGACUCUUAACCAGUUUCACGAGCAUGGGUCCUGGACCACAACUAUGCCCAGUUUAUUAUUUUGUAAGUGGAUGCUUUGACGGUUGAUAGGUUUUUGUUUUAGCUUGGUGGUCUUACUGGACAAGAUGGGUUGGGGCCACUAUUUAGCAUAAUCCUGUGGAGUGCAUCAUUUUUAGAAUAAGAAACUAAAUGAAAUAACAUACCGAUAAAUUUGGCUAAAAUUGUCUGUUAAAAUAUACACUCUUAAUACUAUUUGUAGUGACAGAAGCAUAUAGUAAGUGAUAUUCAGAGUAUUGCAGUACUGUCUAAUGUGAAUAAUUUCAAAGUUAAACAACAUGAUGCGAGUGAUCAAAACAUCAUCACAUGAAAAAAACAUUUGUUGUAUUUUGAAAGAACCCUUAAUUUGAAAUAACAAAGUAGACUAAGAGAUGACGUGAAUACAACAAUGUCAUAUUUAUAUUACUAAUUUGAAACAAAAACUCAUUGUAUUCUUAAUUCAGAAAGUACUGAAGAAUUACUAAGUGACACUUAAAGUUUGUUUUGUUUAACAACCCAGUAGAGCACAUCGAUUAAUUAAUCAUCAGUUAUUGGAUGUCGAACAUUUGGAAAUUAUGACACAUAGUCAUCAGAGGACCCCAGCUACAUUUUUCCAUUAGCAGCAAGGGUUACUUUGACUAAUAACGUUUGCCAAGCAACUGCAUAACAUACACACAGAAGUCAAUAAAAUAUUGACAGAUACAUCCAUAAAGCUUGCAAUACCACAGUAUGAUCCUGGAUAGUGGCAUCCUCGAGUGCACUGUUUGUAGAGGUGUUUGUGGCACAACAACACAAGACUCUGUCCCACUGGCCAUCUCGACUGCCUAUACAUCUUGAACAACUCAUUGUGUGGGAGGCACUCACAAGUUCAACCCAGUGCUGGGGACAACGGGCUACAUGGUUCACGUUACCAUGAUUAAUGUAAACUUGUCUUUUUCUUUGCAUGUUUCUCUGUGUCGGAAGACCAGUGUCAUUCACAUUACUGGUUCAUUUGUAUUCCACGAUUAUUAUUACAUGCAUUUCUUUUCUUUUUUUCUAUUAAUCAAAAUUUUUACCUUUAUUUUGUGAAAAUAUAUCAGUAUGGGUUUAAUUAUAUUUAAGAUAUUUUUUUAAUAAUACUUAUAAUAAAUUUACAUUAUACAGGAAUUCAUAUUUGGCACAAAUGAUUGAUACAAAUACAUUAGAAGGAAAUCCUUGGGCUACUGUUAAUUAACAGUUUUUGCUGUGUAAAGUAUUUUGUCAGAGGUAAUUUUUUAUGCCGUGAAUAACGUUAGCAUUUUUUAUUUGGAAUAUUUUCUACACCAAUUUCUUUUUACAUGUCUUAAUAUCCAUAGCUUUUACAUCUUGGAGAAAAGAAAAAUGCAUUUAUUUUAAAGGUUGAAAAGUAGAAAUCUUCAGGGAUUUGCCUACUUAAACUGUAAAAUUAAUGUGUACCCACAUCUGUCAAGAUGUACCAAGAUUGUGAAUUACAUUGAUCUCCCAUUUUACCAUAAUUUGUGAGAUGUAAAUAGUUUUUUCUCUCUUCGUAUGUAGUUUAACAAUUAAAUGAUAAAUGAUACCAUUUUUCUUUAUUGUAACAUUUGCAUUAAAUUAGCUAAAUUGUUGAUUUUAGUGAACAAGAUUAGUUAAUGUUAAAAUGUAUAGGCACCUAUUUCUCUUAUUUUGCUUUUUGUCUGUUUCAUGGUGCUGUUAAUGGGACAUAUUUUUAUAUAUCUUGUUCCUUAGUAGUUUUGUCAAGUGUAGAUAUCAACUAUGAGUGUACAUGGUAUUUUUAUUUUUAUGUAUAUAGUAAGGCACAUGUCAGACUGGUGUAAAACAAAUUAUUAUUCCAUAACUGUUUUGUAUAUCAAAGAUCAAAAACGAUAAUGUCAAGUACUACAGACUUUCAUAUUAUACAGCUGCUAAACAUGUUUGGCACCGUAAAUUAAUUUAGUAUUAAUUUUGCUAUAAUUACCCAUCUUCAAAUGAAAUCCAGAACUAUUGUUUCUUUUAUUCUGCAGCUAAUCAAUGUCUACUUGUAUUUACAGUUGUUGUGUAUAUGGCUUUGUCUGCAUUUCAUAUUGUCAGGGGAUAAAACAAUGAAGUGGGAAUUAAAUUUUUAAAAAUUA